AUGUCACCCUUCUUUCUUAUCGUCCCAUUGUUUGACCAGCUCCCUUUGUCUGACCGAGUGCUUUCUGAUCAUCCGUCCGACUUGUCAGAGGAUAAGGGUCACGUCCCAUCCAGCAACUGUUCAGGGCUUCCAGAUUAUAAGAAUUGUUUGAUUACAUAUGCACAGCAAUCAGCUGUAGCGUUACCUGUUUAUGAGACUAUUCAUGGAGGAUUCAGAUGUACCGUCUAUUUGGACGGAGAAGCUUAUAGGUCAGUUAACACAUUUGGGAAUCCAGAAGAUGCAGAGCAGGAUGCUUCGAAAUUGGCCUUGGAGUCUAUUGCCGAGAAGAUAAAAGAAGAAUGUAUCGCCAUAAUCAACAAGGACUCAGUAUAUUGCAAAUCCAUCCUCGAUGAAUAUGCAGCCAAGAUGAAACUACCAUUACCUACAUAUACAACCACCCGACUGGAGCUUCUUACCUUCAUCUCUUCUGUAGUAUUUGAUGGCAAAACUUACAUUGGUCAUCUUUCCAAAUACAAGAAAGAUGCAGAACAGUUGGCAGUUAUCAAUUCUAUACUCGGUAUGCAUGCUUCUUAUACAAAAUCUAUUAGCUUGCUUGGAUAG